UGCGUCAAAAGUUUUACCGCGAACCCGUACUCUAUGUUUACAUUCGCUAUAAACCGAAGUGCAUACAACAAUAUAAGACUGUAUAAAAUUGACUUUUAAGUGAAUCAAAGUUUAUAAACAAACAUCAAGUGAUAUAAAAGUGACAAAUGAACUGUUUUACAGUGAAAAAAUGACCCAAAAGUUACACGAAAUGGUUUCGUUAAAAGUUUGGAUGUGUUUGCUUGUUGUGGCGACUAGUGCGCGCGCACGCUCUGCGCCGCCCGCCCCCAGUGGCUGUCAGUGGGACUAUUCGGACGCAAAGUUGAGUGAAUCUAACUUUCUCACGUGCAACAUCAAAACCAUCGGUUCUGCAGACUUUUUGUUCAAAAAUAUUACAACUGCGCAGGCGUACAACAUCAACAAGUUAAAAUUAACUUGUACUGAUUUGCUUUUCUUCGAGAGUUCCUUACACAUGAAUACCGGUAGUUUCUUAGGUCAACUGAGAAAACUAGAAGACUUGCGCGUGGAAUUCUGCAAAAUACGCUACGUGCCGGCUACUGUAUUGUCCCCGCUUCGUGAUUUAACCAGUUUGACUCUACGUUCGUAUAACACGGACUGGCCUGCAAUGACAAUGGAGUUUCAUGCCGAGAGUUUUCGUGGAUUGAUGGAACUUCGUUCCCUUGAUCUUGGCGAUAACAAUAUUUAUAUGUUGCCAUCUGAAGUAUUCUGUCCAUUGUUCAGCUUAGAAUCUCUCAAUUUAACUAACAAUAGAAUACAAGAUAUAUCCGAUAUUGGAUUUUCAGACUGGGGUAAAGGACCUAUGGCGCCAGGAAAAUCUUGCAACACUGGGCUUAAAAUGCUUGAUUUAUCUCAUAAUAAUAUUCUACGCCUGCCUGACAACGGUCUUUCUAGCCUCAGAUCUUUAGAAGUGUUGAAUAUUCAGAACAACUUAAUUAAUGAAAUAGGAGAUAGAGCUUUUGUCGGCUUGACUUCAUUAAAAAUCCUGAACUUGUCUGGAAAUAAGUUAGUCGCUGUCCCUCCAGAACUAUUUCAAUCGUCGAGAGUUAUAAAGGAGAUCUCAUUAGCGAACAAUUCACUUUCCGUGCUGGCUCCAGGAUUAUUAGAGGGGCUUGAUCAAAUGGAGAAAUUGGAUUUAUCAAGAAAUUAUCUCACAAACGAUUGGGUUAACAGAGAUACGUUUGCUGGUUUAAUAAGACUUGUUAUACUGAAUUUAUCCAAUAAUGUACUAUCUCGCCUGGAUCCUAAGUCAUUUCAAGAUUUGAAUAACUUGCAAGUUCUGAAUUUAGACAACAACGUUAUAGAAAUAAUAUCUAAUGGAGCCUUUGCAGAACUAAAAAAUCUUCAUCAGCUGUCAAUUUCAGACAACAGAAUCAAAGUUUUAAAUGAACACAUAUUUUCUAAUCUUUUUGUAUUGAGUCAGUUAUAUCUAGACAAUAAUCACAUUUCUACAAUCCAUGAGCGCUGCUUUGAAAAUAUAACUUACUUGCAAGACCUGGGUCUAAAUGGUAAUAACUUAAAUAUGGUUCCUGAAGGCAUUAAAAGGUUGCGAUUUUUGAAAACUCUAGAUAUUGGCAAAAAUAACAUUACAAAAGUAGACAAUACUUCCUUUGAGGGGUUAGAAGAACUUUAUGGACUAAGACUGGUCGACAAUCACAUUACGAGUGUGCCUAAAGACACAUUUAGCACGUUGCCGUCACUACAGGUGCUCAAUUUAGCAUCAAAUAAAAUUGAAACGAUAGAGCAAGAUGCUUUCCUCUCAAAUCCAACUUUGAAAGCAAUCCGAUUAGAUGGCAAUAAACUAACAGAUAUUCGAGGAGUUUUUAAUAAACUUAAUACCCUAGGUUGGCUUAAUAUCUCAGACAACAAACUUAUUUAUUUUGAUUAUAGUUAUAUGCCAGCAAGUCUUGAAUGGUUAGAUCUCCAUAGCAAUGAUAUAACAAAAUUGGAAAACGAAUUCAAUACAGAACAAAACAUUCGUAUGCUUGACGUUAGCUACAAUGCGAUUGAAAAUAUAGAUGAAAGAUCGAUACCUGAUUCAAUAGAGAUUCUUUUCUUAAAUAACAACAAAAUUCACACGAUUCAGCCAGGUACAUUUUUACAAAAAAAGAAGUUAGAAAAGGUCGUUGUGACGGAUAAUAAAUUGAGAACUGUCGAACUAUCAGCGUUUACUCUGCCCCAUAUCCCAAAAAGUAGGUUAUUACCGACAUUCUUCAUUGGAAACAAUCCAUUUGUUUGUAACUGUCAUAUGAUCUGGCUGCAAAAGAUAAAUUUAUGGAAUCACAUGAGGCAAUAUCCUAGAUUUGUUGAUUUGGAAUCAGUAACUUGUGAAGUUGUAAACAAUAAAUAUGGUGGCAAGGCUAAUCUGAUGGACGUUCCUGAAACUCAAUUUUUGUGUUCUUAUGAAACUCACUGUUCAUCUAGCUGCUUCUGUUGUGACUUCGAAGCAUGUGACUGUAAAAUGACAUGUCCCGAGGGAUGUUCGUGUUUCCAUGACAGUAACUGGAACUCCAAUGUUAUCGACUGUUCGAAUGUUGGUUACACAGAAAUACCGGAAAAGAUACCGAUGGACGCUACGGAACUAUAUCUGGACGGCAACGACUUCAGUUCACUCAGCAGUCAUCUAUUCAUCGGCAAAAAGAAAUUACACAAACUCUAUCUUAAUAAUAGUAAGAUAGAAACAAUCGACAAUGAUACAUUUAACGGGCUCCAUUCUUUGACUGUUCUUCACCUUGAAAAUAAUCACUUAACAGAAUUAGCUGGUGGUGAAUUCUCGCAAACAAGGCACUUGAGAGAAUUAUACUUGAAUGAUAACCUCUUGACAAGUGUUUCAAAUAAGACCUUCGAGAAUUUAUCUGCUUUGAGAGUUGUGCAUUUACAAGGAAACAAGAUCCUUGACUUAGACAAAAAAUUGGCUCACAUUAUUCAUCUUGAAAACGUCAACGUUGUAGGAAAUAUAUUUACCUGCAGUUGCGAUAACGUAUUUUUACUCCAAAAUUGGUUCAAGAAAUAUUAUGAAGAUCCAGUUGAAAUGUUUUGUGCGGAUGAAAGUGGACUUACUUCGAAUCAAACAGUGUUUGACGUGAUAGAUAAGUGUCGUGAAUCUAGUGUCACAGACAAUACAAUUCCCACUGAAAACCAACCCUAUCAAUAUGAUGAAGUAAGCACUAUUAAAUUGAACUUUGUGCCUCUUUUAGCUGUAGUUUUAAUAAGUGUAAUUUUAAUUUUAUUGUUUGGUGCCUUAGCAUUCUCCCUCAGACAAAAUGUACGUCUAUGGGCUCAUUCUAAAUAUGGUGUGAGGUUAUUUAAAAGUGCAUCUAUUCAGGAAAGUGAACUUGAUAGAGACCGUUUGUAUGAUGGUUAUGCUGUAUAUAGUUUGUUAGAUGACGAUUUUGUAUCUAAGAUUGUUGCCCCUGAAAUGGAACAUUUAGGUUACACAAUGUGUUUCCAUUACAGGGACAUGCAACACGUCCAUGAAAAUUACUUAUUAGAACAAAUGACUAAUGCCGCUGAAUCUUCAAAACGAAUUCUUGUUUUUGUAUCUUUCAACUUUUUACAAAAUGAAUGGUCCAAAAUAUUAUUCAAAUCAGCACUCAAAAAUGUAAUAACUUCGAUUCACCCUUCCAUAAGACGGCAUAGAGUUGUGUUUAUUUUAACAACGGAUGUAAGUGCAUUAAAUUUAGAUGUCGACUUCCAAAACUAUUUAAAAACAUGCAACGUCCUUUUGUGGGGUGAAAAGAAGUUUUGGGAGAAAAUAAGGUUUGUCAUGCCUGACAUUUCCAACUUACAAUGGAACAAAGACACUAUGAAUUACAAUCAUGGCGUCGAUCCAAAUGGGAGGAGGCAUCCUUCUCGUUACACAGCUUCGCCGACCGCUCCGGAGCAUUGGUAUAAAUACGAUGCUAUUCCUCCUCAGACUCCUACUGCCAAUAAUGUCGGUAUUACAGUCGAAGAUGAUUCGUCGAUGUUAACAAAUACAACUUUGACGAGUCAGCUUCAAGACUAUGAUAACCCCCAUCACAGUUACAUUUCAAUUGACACUCAAAACUACGAACAGCCAUAUGGCGGUCGGCCAAGGCCACCUAAUACGCUUCGUAAACAUCCCGUAGCACAUUCCCCUUCUAUGCUUGAUGAUCAAGGGUACUUACAACCACGGUCAUCUGUGCACGAGUGCUUGCCUCAAACCCAUCCAGCUCACAGAUGAUAAGGCGGUUUAAAUCUAUUUUUAUCUAUGAAAGAUAUUUGUUAAUGGAACGACACAUUCCAAGCAUGUGUGUAGACAGUAUUUUAAAACUUCGCCUUACUCUAAUGACAAAAUGUUUAUGUACAGGUAUUAUGUAAAGCAAAACGUCAUGUAAUAAUAAAGUUUACUAUUCAGAUUAUUUAUCAGAUACAAGUUUCACUAACUAUUUCAUAAAAUUUUACUUAAUUAUGAAACUUGGUACAGAUUUGUUCCUUUGUAUUAUGUAUUUGAUGAGACUGUAUAUUGUUGAAUGUUGUCUGAACGUAUCUACGUAUAUUGAAGCCUUAUGAAUUGUAUUGUAUCAUUAUAGUGUGUUAACAACAAAAAUAGAUUUAUUGUUGUAUAUUAAGACUGAGCAUUGUAAAUUUAAGAAUGUUAGCCAGUAUGCAAAGAAAACUUAUUAUAGGUAUUUUCGUAUAGUAUAUUAUCUCAUUGUUACCAAAUAUUUUGUAAGUAACUGUUGUAAGUAUUAUUGUGAAUAGAUAAUGGUCCUUGUAUAAAUAUAUAGGUCCUAGUCAUUAGGUAGGAAUUGAAUAGUGUUAAAAUUGUAGAUAGUGCUGGCUACAAAGUUCACGGUAG